CGGAAGACCGUUUACAGCCGCCACUUCCUUCCCACGUGAACCGCUCCAUGUGAGCACGGAUUUUACACCAAAUAACUGUUUGUAUCCAAUGAUUGUCGUUAACAAUACCAUGGAUAUUAACGAAGAUGACGAGCAGUUAGGUGAGACGUCUGAGGAGGAUAACAGCGAAUUAUCUGACGGAGAGGUAACUGGUUAUUCUAUAGCGUGGUGCUUGGUAGCUAGCUAACAUUAGCUAAAUUAAAUAGUAGUUAGUUAGCAAUGUCUCUGCUAACUUUACUUAUAGCUAGGUUCUAAAAAGCUUUACUUUGCUGUGUUUCUUUCUCCAUUAGCUUCAAGAUGCAUUUGCAAAGGGGUUGUUAAAGCCUGGAUUGAACUUUACAACACAAGAACCGAAGAAGAUUGUCAACAAUGUGGUGAGUGUUGACAUGCGCAAGCCACCAUUGUUUCCAAUGACUGUAUAGUGUGUAUAUAUAUAGGACGUCAAUCUUUCAGCCUGGUUAAAUUGUUUAGGAACAUUUUUAUUUAUUUUUAUCUCUAAAUGGUUAAACUAGUGAGAAAUAUGAUUAUUGGAAAGUCUGAGUUUGCUUCAUUUACUAUCAUCCUAAAUGAAGAUAUUUAAUUAUUUACUAUCUAAUUAAUAUAACGAUACUCCAUGAUGUGGACAGUAUGUGUUACUACAUUACACACACUGAUGGUUUGACAACUUCGAAUUGGGGGGAAUUACACAUCCCUUUAGUUUAUUUUUACCUUCGAUUGGUGAUGUUAGUAUAAAAGUUUAUAGUCAACAUGACACACGAUCAAUUGCUUAAAACAGAUCAAUGUAUGCACUCACUAACUGUAAGUCGCUCUGGAUAAGAGCGUCUGCUAAAUUACUAAAAUGUGAAAUGUAAAUAAUCAAUGUCUUUGGUUUUGUAUUGUUGAUUUUUGUCAUACGGGCUGGGGGUUGGAGGAUUUAGAAUGCAGCUAUCAUUUUCUUUAUGAAAUGGCACUAAUAAUUCGGGGUGGUCUCUAUAGAAGUCGCUGGCCACACACCAAUACACGGAUUUGACAGUCAACUGUAUCACUUUAAUAGAAGCCAACCAUUGUCAAUGUUGAUAUCCUAUGGAGAGUUGUGAUAGUUGAAGUUAACUAACAGAAAAGUGGUUUGUUCCCUUUUCUGUGAUGGUAGCCUUCCGUAAUCAACAUCCGCCAUUCCAAAAUAUAGAUGGAAGCAUUCUACAAAUUCUCAUCUGAUCAACCAUAUAUAGAUUAUUACAAGUUUCUGUGUGCCUUUUGUAUAAUGUACGUUUAAAAAGCACGUUCAACCCAAACGUUUCGCCCUUGUUAUAUUUUACGAUAUACCGGUAUUGAUGCACAGACCGGUUUGGGUUUUUACAUUACCUUCUAUAACGGAAUUUGAAUUUUUGGUUUGUUAAAUGUGAUAUGCAGUGUGUAACAUCUAUCUUUUUUAUAGUUUACUCCGCUCUCUCUCAUGCUGCUUUCCACACAAACCUAGCCCCGCCCCUUGUCACUCAAGGAGCAUUUGUUGUUCCUAGACCAGGAGACCCUUGCCUUCCAUCUGCGUGGUCAAUGCAGCACAUGCAACAAUGUUGAUGACAACGAUGCUGUUUUCACUUUGCUUCUUAAUAUAAAUCCACUAGGGUUCAAUAAUUACACUAUUAGUUUGUGUUUCCUAUAUCUGCAAAUGGCUAGUUUCUUUUCUUAGUAAGUUGGGCCUAAAUCAUGUUAACUAGCUAAUAAAUGUACAGAGUAAGAGCAAACGGAACUAACUAUACAGCCUGAUAAUACCAGUGAUGGUGUAGACCUAAAUCAGCAUGUUGUUUGUGCAACAGUAUCUUCUAAAUCAAAGCGGAAUACGCAAAGCAUGAAUGUUAGCUACAUGAAGUAGCUAAGAGAACAUUCAAUGUAGUCAAAAGAUUAUAGGGUCCCCUAAGAAACACUUAACACUCCACAAUAACUCCUCCGGGCAUUUUCGUUCAUUGUCAUGUUAAACAACUAACUAUAGAAUUAGAAUAAUAAUUAUAUUUCCAUGAUUCCAACAGUUCACCCAAGUGUUCUUCUCUAAAUUGCAAGUCAAAUCGCAAUUGCAACAUUUGGUUAAAAAUAAGGCCUAGAUUGUUUGCCCGUAUCGUGCAGCAAUGGCAAUGUGGAGGUGACCUGAAAUGUGUGCAGGAAAGUUUUUUCUUAAGUAAAAAAGGGCCCAGAUUAACAAAACACUUCUUAUGCAAAAACUUAAGAAGCGUCUUAAGAAGAAAAUAAAAAGUUCGUUCGUAAGUGCAAUUCUUCAACAAUAUCUUAAGAUUUAAUGAUUUAAUAACUUCUUCUCAAAUAUCUAAUUACAAAUCUUGUUAAGAUGUUUGUUGCUAGGAAACCGUUUUAGCUAGCUGUCUAGCUAGCAAUGGCAAUCAUGUAAGCCUAUUUCUUACUGAGAUUACUGUUCUAAAACAUGUUAUUGGGUUUAAAAUAAUCAAUACUGAAACUUUCAGAAGAAGUUUGAGUGAAUUAAACAUGUUCAAUUGCUUUCAUUAGAUUUUUCUCUCACUGCCCUCAGUUUAAGACAAGGGUUUAGCUAUCUUGGAAUGAAGAACAUUUCCAAGAACUUUAUUUUCAAAAAUCUAAUUUCUUCUUAACUUUUUGCUUAAGGAGAAACAUAAGAAAUAGCGCAAGAACAAUUCCAAUAAACUUUUUGAGGAAUAGCAACUUUGCUUAACUUUCUUCUUGAGUCUAUAGUUAAGGGAACCAUUGCAGUUAACCUUCUUAAGAAUACAAUUAUUUUGUGAAUCUGGGCCCAGCACCUUGUGUUCUAUCGCUUGAGCUCCUGUACCUCUUAUAGAAUAUUCUCUCAAAAGGAGCUCCUGCACCCAAAAUGAGUACUGUCACCUAUUUCAGUCCAAGUAAAGCACUGCUUCUUACCAAAUUCCGAUGCGCACUUUGAAGAUGUUAGAAUAACUGCCACAUUUACUUUUCCUCAGCCAACAAGAUGAGUAAUGAACAGCAAAAUCACUAGCCUAUGUCAAUCUAAUAUCCCCCAUAGUAGAAAAGUUUACGUAUUCUAUUGGUCAACUUGUCGUUCUGUGCGAGAAAAAAUAGGCUAUUCCAACCAAACUCUGGUACAGUUAUGGAACGAUAGAUCCCAUGUAGGCCUAGGCUACAUUAUACUUUUUUUUAAACCGAUGAGGCUGAUGCAACAGAUCAGAACAUUUACCUUAAAAUGUUGAUAAACUAUUAUUUCUUCACAUUAUAAGCGCAGCAAUGCGCACAAGGCAGUAGGUUAUGUGCGAAUGUUCGUUCCAUAAUGCAAUAAGCAGGAGAACAUCUUUGUCAAAAGCACACCGCACAUGCAAGCGGUUUCAUGUGACAGAGAUUAAAAAUAUAUAUAUCAGUUUAGAUUUUUUUUUUAAAGCAGGGAGCUCUAAAGAUGCAACAACUAGCUUGGAUUACUAAUAUUGAGAACAAAAAUCAUAGUUAUUUUGAAUCGUGGCCAUCAACUGUUUUUACACGCGAUUACGUUUAGAAUUGUUACGCAAUGAUUGGGCUUAUAAAAGCAUGUUUCACUCCAGUAGCAACGAAUGAGCUGUUUGAGAAGCUGUAGCAGCAGCACUUGCGCUGUUGGACAGAUUUUCCACUCAUAGGCUCUGUAUCUGUAUGCUGUGCGCGUGUGAUGAACAAACAAAACAACUAACACAAAUACACACGCGCCAAUUUAAUUCCACUAAAUUAUGCAAAUUAACCUAUAGACCAAUAAGCAUGACCGGUCAAAUGUAUUAAAAUCAACUGUAAGGUGUAAUGGUUCACCAAACCCACGGUUUGGUACAUAUCGCGGUUUUGGGUUCACGUUUCAGUACAGCGGAAAAUUAAAUGCCGUUCAGCAUUCACAAUGUUCCUUGCAUUGUCUGUUGUGACCGGAUUGUUAUGUUGGGCCUCUCCGGGAAGGAGAAAGGCAGUGUAUGUUUCAUGAUUUAACUACUCAUGGUGUGGUUGUGAUAACAUACAGAAACUCAAGUCCUUUUCUUCACCCAACCUGGAAUACCUCACAUUUACAUUUACGUCAUUUAGCAGACGCUCUUAUCCAGAGCGACUUACAAAUUGGUGCAUUCACCUUAUAGCCAGUGGGAUAAUUUAAUUUUUUUGGGGGGUGGGGUAAGGGGGGGUAGAAGGAUUACUUUAUCCUAUCCCAGGUAUUCCUUAAAGAGGUGGGGUUUCAAAUGCCGACCGUAUUACCUCCCAAGAGAUUUCUCUUCAUUGUAGUCACAGCCGUGUAAAUUCCCCCUCAAGCCGAUACCACGACGGCCCUCAAGGAACUACACUGGACUUUGUUCAAACUGGAAACCACAUCCUGAGGCCGCCUUUUUUCUAGCUGGUAAUUUGAACAAAGCAAAUUUGAGGAAACCGCUACCGAAGUUCUAUCAACACAUUGCCUGUAGUACUCUCACCUAAAAAACUCUCAACCAUUGUUACUCUCCCUUCCGGGUUGGCUACAAGGCCCUCCCCCGCCCUCCCUUUGGCAAAUCUGAUCAUGACUCCAUUCUGCUCCUCCCUUCCUAUAGGCAGAUACUCAAACAGGAAGUACCCGCACUAAAGUCUAUUCAAUGCUGAUCUGACCAAUUGCAAUCCAUAAUUCAAGAUUGUUUUGAUCAUGCGGACUGGGAUAUGUUCUGGGUUGCCUCCUGAGAAUAACAUUGACGUAUACACGGACACGGUGACUGGGUUCAUCAGGAAGUGUAUAGGGGAUUAUGUUCGCACUGUGACUAUUAAAACCUACCCAAACCAAGAACCGUGGAUAGAUGGCAGCAUUCGCCGUUGUAAUCUUCUGGGAAGCCAAAAUGUUCCCAAACUGGAGAUUUAAACAUUGGAGCGUCUUUCAGUUCUUGUGUAUCGAUCCCACCACUCGCCAUAAUAAAGAACUAGUUCCUGGCUGUGUCUCACAAAAGGACAGUUUGAAAUUAGACAAUUUAAGAUUUUAAUUUUGAUUACAGCGUGUGCAUGGGCUCCAGUUGUUUUAACAGAAUAGCCAGACAUUAUUUUCCCAGCUCAGAUUUACUCCAGGCAGCGUAGGCAUAGCCUAUAUAGGCCUAGUUUACAGUGCGUACCGAGGUCCCCGUACCGAACGGUUCGGUACCACUACGUGUACCGUUACACCCCUAAUCGACUGGUGUUUCUGUCAAUGAAUAGGCUAAAAAGCAUUAUUUUGCAAUGGGAUUUUUUUCUUCUUCUCCCUGACAAUUGGCCGGCGGCAGUUAUUAUUUAGCGCUUAUUAUAAAAAAAAAUGAAUUACCGGCUAACGGAAACCCUGGAGUGAUUGACAAAAAAGUGUUACACUUACCGCUUUGGCGACCCACUUCAAUCAAAAUGCAACACUUCAAAAUGUAGCUGGCUGUCUUCUGCAAGUUGUCCUCUACCAGUGAUAUAGAAAUUAUUCCCAGAUUCCAUGUGGUUUUUGAGCUGUGCUAGUUUUAACAGGACGUGCAACCUGAUCCCCCCCCCCCCCCCCCCCCCCCCCCGCUCAAUUAAUUUCAAGGUGAUAUCGGUAUGAGUAAUUGAGAAGUGUAUCCCUUUCUGUUUUGGCGACCCCAUAUCAAAAUCCAACACUUCAAAAUGUAGCCGACUGUCCUUGGCAGGUUGUCCUCUAACCAGUGAGGUCAAAAAUAUCUCCAGUUUCCAUGUAGUCUUUUUGUUGCGUUUGUUCAACAGCGCCUACAACCUCAUUCCCCCCCCCCCCCCCCCCCCCCCCAAAUCGAUAUCAGUGAUUUAUUGCCACUUGUCAAAACAACAGGGUUUUUGGUGCAUGUGCAGUUUAAGGUGCUCGUUUAAAAAAAGAGAAGUAACAUGAUUAUUACUGGUGUAUAUGUAGGCGGUACAUUUUAUGUUUUCAAUUUCACAAACAGUUUUUGCAUAUUGGUUAUUGAUUUGGACACAUUUUAACAUGGGCUAUUUAUCAAAAUGUCUUGUCAAUGGGAAGCAGCAACAGCAUUUUCAAUUUAAGAUUUAGGAAUAUAAAUUUAAACUUUCAACAUUAAUUUCCAAUGGUAUUGUACUUAAUCUGGUAAACACUGCUGAAUGAGUCCAAAAACGUGCAGCGGUUGAUUUAUUUUGAUGAUAUACCAGAAGUCACCAAAUCGGGUUUGCCCUGCCUAGUAUGUGUCGCGCUCUCUCUCUAUAAUUCAUGUUUUAUUAAACUGUUGUGAAUCACAAGUGGCUUUUCUAAUACGUAUUUUCUUCAUGGUUGUGUACAGGAGGGUUUGAAACAGUGCCUUGCCGACUUCCGUAAGAACACAUUACCCUGGGUAGAGAGGCUGGACAUGGUCAAUCUCCCAGCUGAUGACAUCGUUGCCAAGUCUGAGGGCAGACUUGACAACAAGGCUAGCGGAGACCUCAACCCGGAUGACGACUUCCAGAGAGAGAUGUUCUUGUGAGUGUAUUUCCCUGUUACAUGGGUGUUGAAUCCUAAGUGUCCAUUCAUAUCAUAGUGAAGAGUGACUUUUGGUGUAAUAUUAUGCUGUCCAAGCUAUGGCAAUUGUAACACAUCCUCUCUUACAUUGAUGUCGUCCAGCUACCGCCAAGCCCAAGCAGCUGUUCUGGAGGCGAUGCCCCGGCUACAGAAGCUUAAGAUAGCCACCAAGAGACCUGAGGACUACUUUGCAGAGAUGGCCAAGUCAGACCAGCAAAUGCAGAAGGUAGGAUGCCCUGACCUGGCCUUACUCCCAGAGAUAGCUUGCCAUAUGUAUGACUUAAUUGCAUCAGGUAUGGAUUGAUCACGGACACCAAAACAGUUUAAAAAAAAGAGAUGUUCUACUUUUCCAUAAGCGGUAAUUGGCAGCUUUUAUUUUUAAAUGCAUAAAAGCGAAUAAAAACAUUAUUUGACAAAGCAUCCUGACAAAAUAAAUAUCCUCUUUAAAUCACAUUGGCUAUGCAUGGAGGUUGGUUCAGGUUGUCUUGUUAUCGCAUAAUCUCUAAUCUGCAGUCUGUCUUGCGCUCUCGCUUGCCAACUAGCAACAUUGUAUCAUGGUACUGGCCUGCAAAGUUUCCUGCACCAGUGAGACUGUGACUGACACAACUGAAUGCAUACAGGGGAGAAGUGCCAUACAAGUCCACCAAGAAGGAGUAUUUAGAUGAAGUAAUUUAGCGUUUCUCCUCUUCCACUAAUCUAAUGCCUGGUGGAGUAGUUGGCUAAUGAAAAAUAAGAAAUGCAAAUCAAGCUAGCUAGUAAGCUAACUAGCUACUUUACCAAGGAUAAAGGCACAGACAACUGGGAAAAAUAAAUGUGAUGCUGAAUCAGCAGAUAUUGACAAGCCAGAUGGACAGAGGGAGACGUGCAAGGAGCCAACGUACCCUUGGUAUGCUGUCAUUCUUUAAAUUAUUAUUGCAAUCACUUCCAUAGUGGUGUGGUGGCAAUAAAUGGCCAAUAGGCACUCCUAAUAAAACAUGACCCUACACGUGGUGGCAUUGAAAUGGAUUUCUAUUUGAUAUGGCCGGUAAAUCUCACAUUUGUCCAUCAAAUUCUGGCAUUUGACUGGCACUGAAACACUGGUGUGGUCAUGAAUAAUGCGAUCCUUUUGUCUUUUCCUAUAGAUCAGGAAGAAACUCAUCAUGAAGCAGACAAUGAUGGAGAAGUCCGAAAAGGCUAAGAAACUAAGAGAACAGAGGAAGUACGGCAAGAAGGUAGUCUCCUCCCGUCUCUUUUUCCUUAUAGGGCAGCAGUGGUCUCACUGGCAUAUCUUUUUAUGUCGUCUUGGUGCAUGUGGUCAUAUGAAAUCUGUCUUGUAGGUGCAAGUGGAGGUUAUUCAGAAGAGACAGAAGGAGAAAAAGGCCAUGAUGUCUGCCGUGAAGAAGUAUCAAAAAGGUGGGUCCUCAGUUCUACGUGUUGUGGUUACGACCCAACUUGUUCACACGUUUAGUUGGUAAGUUGCUCUGGGUGACAACAUCUGCCAGAUCGGAUUCAUGAUUAACACCCUCCUCUCUCGUAGGCAUGACUGACAAACUGGACUUCCUGGAAGGAGAUCAGAAAACAGCUAAAGGAGGAGCUCCAGCUAAAGGAGGAGCAGGGAAAGGAGCAGGAGGCCAAACACCUGAUAAAAAGGCCAUGAACAAAAAGGGGUAAGACGCCACACACAGAUGUGAAUGUUGUGCACAAUGCUUAUUUUCCACUACCUACCUAUACUCCUAGUAUUCAGUGCUUUUAUAACAAAUGUGUGUCUACUGUACCUCGACUCCAACUGAAACCUCUGAAUUGACAGCCCCAAUGCUAAGAGGAAGUAUAAGGACCAGAGGUUUGGCUUUGGCGGAAAGAAGAGUGGAACCAAGUGGAACACGAAGGACAGUCACAACGAUGUGUCAGGGUUCCGCGCUAAGGUGGCUCAUGGGAAAGGAGGAAAGGGAGGGAAAGGAGGUAAAGCGGGACCUGGAGGAAAAGGAGGAAGGGGCCCCGCCAAAGGAGGGACUGUAAGUGACUGACAGACAUCCAUGAUCACAUUUUGAAUUAAAAGAAAAAUAAUUGAUUGUUAGUGUUUUUGGUACAUUCAUUUUCUUUCAAUUAUAUUAUUUGAAAAAUCGUAGUUCUUUCGCCAUUUUGCUCCUUUUCUAAAAUGUUUUAUGAUUCUUCAGAAACGACCGGGCAAGAAUGCACGCAAGAAGAUGAAGGGUCGCUCCUAA